CAAGACCAUCAGGACAGACGCCACUGUCUCUUUUGUCAAUACUAACGGUUAUCCCGUAACGACGAGUAAUAGCUGCUGCGACAUGCCAGCUUUUUUUGCCGGCUCCGGCGUUGUCAUCAUCGAGGGUCCGGGCCACGGAUAUGAACGAGCCCCAUCCAAAUGUGCCUUCGACCUCGUUGUAAAGUACAUGAAGGAUGGAAUCUUUCCAGAAAAUGAAGUAACCUGCCAGAUGGACGUCAAAGCAGACUACUUUUGUGGGUGUCCCUCGCCAGAUCGGCUUGACGCAAAGGGGACGUAGAUGACGACCUCGUUAGCGCUACUAUGGGUGAUCUGUGGC